AUGGAUCAUGUUUCUGUCAAAAGACUCAAACUCUUCAAGAAUAAACUAGUAUCCUAUUCGCCAUCGCCAUCGCCAUCUUGGGAGCUUCUUUUUCUGGUGGCUCAGUAUCUAGACCCUAAAUCCCUUGCUACUGCUUCUUGUGUGUCCAAAUCAUGGCUGGAGUCAUUCUCCUCUGAGGAUAUUUGGCGGCCGAUAUGCUCUGCUCACUACCCUUCUGUCUACAACCUCAAACACGUAGACCCAGCUGUCUCUUGCCACCGCCUUUACGGUAUUGCCUCCACGGCAGCCUCCAAGCUCCAGCUUCAAAGGCCAAUAAAACCCCACCUGCCCCUAAAUGACCUCCUCUUCGUCAUCAAUGCAAGGACCGGAGAGUCUUCCACUUUAUUCACCCUAUCGAAACCAUGCGAUGAACUCCAGGUAGAUCCUAAUGGGAUAUUCAAUGGAAAGGCCAGCCUUGUUCCGGAGGCAGAAGACUUGUUUUCCAAGGAGCUUCCAUUGCCGGGGUGUUGCUCAAACAUGGUCACCGCAAGCAGCCUUGUUGCUGAGUUAAAGUUGGGAUUUUGCAGUGAGAAUUGUACUGAUGAGGAGGAGGGUAUAGAGGAUGACGGCAAGUUCAAGAGAGGAAAGUUGAGUUUGGCCAUCAUGAAUACAAAACAUUGGAGGUACCUAAGCAUGGAUGAUGCUCUGAGACAUUUGCAGCACUUUUUGCUGCCUUGCGAUGCCUAA